AUGACAGAAUUACAAUUUACUUGUGUGGCAGACCGGGCACAACUAGAGGAGCACAACUCAGAAGGCCUCAAAAUAUAUACGGAUGGCAGCAAAUUAGAAGGCAAGGUCGGAGCAGCAGUCUCAGUAUGGAGAAACGGUACGGAGACCAAAACCAAGAAACUAAAGUUAGACCAUUUCUGCACUGUCUACCAAGCUGAACUGCUGGCACUUCUGGAGGCAACAACACAGGCCCUCCAAAGCCCGAUCCCAAACUGCAGCAUAUAUUGCGACUCAAGAUCCGCCCUUGAGACAGUCGUGAAUAACGUUUCCCUCCAUCCCCUAGCAGUCCAAAUAAGAAGCAACCUAAAUGAUUUAGGAACAAUGGGCAAAAUAACUGAGUUAUUUUGGAUCAAAGCCCAUGCCGGGUUGGAAGGAAACGAAAGAGCGGACGUCCUCGCCAAGGAAGCUGCCCUCAAAUUAAAAACAAAGCCAAAUUAUGACAGGUGCCCAGUCUCAUACGCAAAAAGGCAAAUACGAUUAGAGUCACUUGAAGAAUGGAACCAGCGUUACCAUCAAGGCGAGACCGCUUCAACCACGAAAAUCUUCUUCCCAGAUGCCAUAGAGGCAAAUCGUAUUAUUAAGAAAAUACAACUGGACCAUGUUCUGGUACAGGUGCUGACGGGACAUGGCGGGUUCUCCGAAUACCUGAACAGGUUCAAGUGUAAGGACAACCCGGCAUGGCGGAGUUACGGGCACGCGGCGUCACUCAUCUACAACUCCGCCAGCAACAGUCCAUCAGGACCCAUCACAAGUAAAACCUCCAUUAAGUGCGUAUCCGAACACUUCUCACGCCUCCUACCCGAGGACCUCUUUCCUAUGGAUGUCAGACGCCCCCGUAUCUGA